AUAUCUCUCCCUCCGUCUCGCGCAGAUAGUCGCCUCACUCAUUCCUUUGGGCUUUUAAAGUAAUAAUGGGCCCUAAAUUUGUACACAGACGACAGAGAAGGAGAACUAGAUUGACCUGAAAUUGCACGAAUCUUCUUCUUCUUCUUCUGUUUCUUCUACUUCCUAUCAGGCUUGUUCUUCACUUCCCCCACUUGUUAAGGGUUUGCUCGAAAGAUUCAAGGGAAAAAAGAAAGAGAAACGAGAGAUGGGGGACGAAGAAUAUGUUAUGAUUGAUCUUGAUGACAUUUCAAGGCACAUUGACAUUCCAUCAAAUGCUCCUUAUACUUUAUCAGGUUUGGAUACUUUUAAUCCGGUGAUGGUCAUUGAUGGCAAAAUGAAGCUGGCUGGCGAGUAUAUAGAAACAAUUGGUACAUGCCUUGCUUUCUCUGACAACAAGGGUUAGUUUCACUUGCCUUUCCUCUUUAUUUGGGAACAAGUUCUGUUGUGCUAUAUUUUGGGUUGCGGUUUUACAAGUUUCAGCAGGUGAAAACCAGCCAAACUCCACAAGAUUCUUAAGUUUAGGUUAGCUGCUGCAUUAGACAAUGAAGAUGGAGAAACAAAAACAAGCAAUUUGUAAAUGUUGUUAAAGUCAUUGUAAAGUGUAAACCUGACUUUUUCUUCAAGAUUGCACCGGUCCAAAUCUUUGUUCUUCUUCCUUGACAAAAUCAAACUCUGCAACUACAAAAAUUAUGUGUAGCAAUCUUCCUUUGUUGCCUGAA